AGACAGGCUCACAGACAGACAGCAGGGUUUAUGUUACAAAGCAGCAGUUCAGUCUCACCUCCAGCAGAGUUGGUCCAGUUCACAGUUUGACUCAGUUGGGGCAGACGGGACUACAGAUAAUUAGUUAGACUGGAUUAGUUCAGGACCUGGUCUAAGGUGGACCAGGUUUAGUCGGACCCGUCUGGACCCGACUAGACGUCUCACUGAACCAAAGUGUUUAUCUCUGGAACAGACUGAUGAUGAUGAUGAUGAUGAUGAUGAUGAUGAGGGAAGAAGAGUGUUUCUUUUCUGGAAACUGAACUGGAUCUCUACUCUCGCUCUGGUUUUUAACUGGACUAUCCGCUGAACCAGAGCCAUUCUGAACCGAGCCGGACCAACGCUGAACGUCUGAAGAAACAGGUUCACUCCAGUCCGGUGCAGUCAUGCAGUCCCUGACUGCAGAGAUCCAGAGUUUCUCUCGGACGCGGCUGAGGAAGCAGUGCACCCGCGUGACGUCACUGAGCGGCCGACGCAUCAUCGAGACCUGGAAGGGUUCUACGAUCACUGUGGUGGAAGACCCUGUCGCCCCGGAGAAGAUCCUGGGGUACGUCCCCGACACUUCCUGGGACCUGCAGGUCGGCAUCGUCAAGCCCUACCUGCUGCUGGGUUCUCAAGAUGCUGCACAUGACUUUGGCACGCUGAAAAAACACAAGGUGUCUCACAUCUUGAACGUGGCCUUCGGGGUGGAGAAUGCGUUCCCCGACCUGUUCAUCUAUAAGACCGUCAGCAUUCUGGAUCAUCCCGACGCUGACGUGCUGCUUCACAUCCAGGACUGCUGUGACUUCAUCCAGCAGGCUCGCAGUGAGAAAGGCGUGGUGUUGGUCCACUGUAACGCCGGCGUGUCCCGGGCACCGGCCGUGGUCAUUGGCUACCUGAUGUCAUGCGAAGGGCAGACGUUCGACGCCGCCCUCUCAUUGGUCAAAUCGGCUCGGGGCGCCUCGUCCCCCAACCCCGGCUUCCUGGAACAACUGCGGAGCUACAAAACGCCGACGAUCAACGGAUCCAAACACUGAGGCAGCAAUAGAAAUGCUCGGGGCGGUCAGACAGUUCAAGAACCAAAAAGAGUUUGAUUUUAAUGACAAAUGUUUCAGGUCAUUCCAAGAACUGAAAUAAGUAAUAUUUAGGAAUUUUUCCAGCUCUUGUUAAAUGGUCCAGAAUAAUCAGACCAGCUGAUUCCACAGGUUGAUAUAAAAUACUGCACACCACUUUAAAAUAGUCUUUAGGUUUGAGACAAAAAGACAUUAUUUUCUUGCUUGCAUGCUAUUAUUGACGAUGUCUUCUUUGUGUUUUGGUGCUGUCGUUCUUUGAGUCAUCUCUGUGUUUUGUUAAAUUAGAUUUAGUGUCUGUGGGCGGGGAUGCCUCCUCUGCAUUUGAACCCAUUCCCUCACUGUUUAGGAGCGGUGGGCAGCCACGAACUCCAGAAUCUUUCAUUUCUAAACAUAAAAAUGAAUAAAAACGUCAAUGACAGAAGCAGAAAUGUUUGCAGCUCACUGUUAUUACUCGGAGCAUGAAACCAUGUUGAAAAGAUACGGCUUGUUAACUAUUUAUGUAUUUACGAGUGUCAAUAAAU